AUGAUUUCCCGGGAAGUUGUCCACACAGUUUUCCUGCUUGCUCUUCUGUAUUCUUCCCUAGCUCAGGAUGCCAGCCCCCAGUCGGAGGUCAGGGAGGAGGAAAUUCCCGAGGGGGCUUCCACCUUGGCUUUUGUAUUUGAUGUGACUGGUUCCAUGUAUGAUGACUUAGUUCAGGUCAUUGAAGGGGCUUCCAAAAUUUUGGAGACGUCUUUGAAAAGACCUAAGAGACCUCUCUUCAACUUUGCUUUGGUGCCUUUCCAUGAUCCAGAAAUUGGCCCAGUGACAAUUACCACAGAUCCCAAGAAAUUUCAAUAUGAGCUCAGAGAACUCUAUGUUCAGGGUGGUGGUGAUUGUCCAGAGAUGAGUAUUGGAGCCAUAAAAAUUGCCUUGGAAAUUUCUCUUCCUGGCUCCUUCAUCUAUGUUUUCACUGAUGCGCGGUCCAAAGAUUACCGGCUCACCCAUGAGGUGCUACAGCUUAUCCAACAGAAGCAGUCCCAGGUGGUGUUUGUGCUCACUGGAGAUUGUGAUGACAGGAGCCAUAUUGGAUAUAAAGUGUAUGAAGAAAUCGCCUCUACAAGUUCUGGUCAAGUGUUCCAUCUGGACAAAAAACAAGUUAAUGAGGUGUUGAAAUGGGUAGAAGAAGCAGUGCAGGCCUCCAAAGUGCACCUCUUAUCCACAGAUCAUUUGGAACAGUCUGUAAAUACUUGGAAAAUUCCCUUUGAUCCCAGCCUCAAAGAGGUCACUGUGUCUCUGAGUGGUCCUUCUCCCAUGAUUGAGAUUCGCAAUCCUUUAGGGAAGCUGAUCAAAAAGGGAUUUGGCCUGAAUGAGCUAUUAAAUAUCCAUAACUCUGCCAAAGUGGUGAAUGUGAAGGAGCCAGAGGCUGGGAUGUGGACAGUGAAGACCUCUAGCAGUGGAAGACACUCUGUUCGAAUCACUGGGCUCAGUACUAUUGAUUUCCGAGCUGGCUUUUCUCGAAAGCCCACCCUGGACUUCAAGAAAACAGUCAGCAGACCUGUGCAAGGGAUUCCUACCUAUGUGCUGCUGAAUACCUCGGGCAUUUCAAGUCCAGCUAGAGUAGAUCAUCUGGAACUUCUGAGUAUCUCAGGAGGGUCCCUGAAGGUUAUUCCUGUGAAAUAUUACCCAGAUCGAAAACCUUAUGGCAUAUGGAAUAUUUCUGACUUCAUACCACCAAAUGAAGCUUUCUUUCUCAAAGUAACGGGCUAUGAUAAGGACAAUUAUCUCUUCCAGAGAGUGUCCAGUGUUUCCUUUUCUAGUAUUGUCCCAGAUGCUCCUAAAGUUACAAUGCCCAAGAAAACCCCAGGAUACUACCUGCAGCCGGGCCAAAUUCCCUGCUCUGUUGAAAGUUUUCUGCCUUUUACCUUGAGCUUUGUCAGAAAUGGAAUUACGCUCGGAGUAGACCAGUAUUUAAAAGAAUCUGCCAGUGUCAACUGGGAUAUUGAAAAGGUCACUCUGUCUGACGAAGGCUCCUAUGAGUGCAUUGCUGUCAGCAGUGCAGGGACAGGACGGGCACAAACAUAUUUUGAUGUAUCAGAGCCCCCUCCAGUCAUCCAAGUGCCUAAYAAUGUUACAGUCACUCCUGGAGAGAGAGCAAUUUUGACCUGCCUUGUCAUCAGUGCGGUGGAUUACAAUCUAACCUGGCAGAGAAACGACAGAGAUGUCAGACUGGCAGAGCCCACAAGAAUGAGGACCUUGGCCAACCUCUCACUGGAGCUAAGGAGUGUGAAAGUCAGCGAUGAGGGAGAGUACCACUGUGUGGUGUCCAACGAAGGUGGAGCGGCAGCAGCCUCCGUAUUCCUGAGAGUGCAAGAGCCUCCCAGAGUUACUGUGAUGCCCAAGAACCAGUCUUUCACAGGAGGGUCUGAGGUCUCCAUCAUGUGUUCUGCAACAGGUUAUCCAAAACCAAASAUCGCCUGGACCGUUAACGAUAUGUUUAUUGUGGGUUCACACAGAUAUAGGAUGACCUCAGAAGGUACCUUAUUUAUUAAAAAUGCAGUUUCUAAAGAUGCAGGGAUUUAUGGUUGCCUGGCAAGUAAUUCAGCGGGAACAGAUAAACAAACUUCCACUCUCAGAUACAUUGAAGCCCCAAAGUUGAUUGUAGUUCAGAGUGAGCUCUUGGUUGCCCUUGGGGAUACAACAGUUAUGGAAUGCAAAACCUCCGGUGUGCCUCCACCUCAAGUUAAGUGGUUCAAAGGAGAUCUUGAGUUGAGGCCCUCAACAUUCCUCAUGAUUGAUCCUCUCUUGGGACUUUUGAAGAUUCAAGAAACACAAGAUCUGGAUGCUGGUGAUUAUACAUGUGUAGCCAUCAAUGAUGCUGGAAGAGCAACUGGCAAAAUAACCCUGGAUGUUGGCUCACCUCCAGUUUUCAUACAAGAACCUGGCGAUGUGUCUACGGAAAUUGGCUCAAAUGUGACAUUACCCUGUUAUGUUCAGGGUUAUCCCGAACCAAGGAUCAAAUGGCGAAGACUGGACAACAUGCCAAUUUUUUCAAGACCUUUUUCCGUUAGCUCCAUCAGCCAACUAAGAACAGGAGCUCUCUUUAUCUUAAACUUAUGGGCAAGUGAUAAAGGAACCUAUAUUUGUGAGGCUGAAAACCAGUUUGGAAAGAUCCAGUCGCGGGCAACGAUAACAGUGACAGGGCUUGUUGCUCCUCUUAUCGGAAUCAGCCCCUCUGUGGCCAAUGUUAUUGAAGGACAGCAGCUUACUUUGCCUUGUACUCUGCUGGCCGGAAAUCCCAUUCCAGAGCGUCGGUGGAUUAAGAAUUCGGCCAUGCUGGUCCAAAAUCCUUACAUCAGUGUGCGCAGCGAUGGGAGCCUCCAUAUUGAAAGAGUCCGACUUCAAGACGGAGGCGAAUAUACUUGUGUGGCCAGUAACAUUGCCGGAGCCAAUAAUAAGACCACCUCUGUGGUUGUGCAUGUUCUGCCAACCAUUCAGCAUGGGCAGCAGAUCCUCAGUACAAUCGAAGGCAUUCCUGUAACCUUACCAUGCAAAGCAAGUGGAAUUCCCAAACCCACUAUCGUCUGGUCCAAGAAAGGAGAGCUGAUUUCAGCCGGCAGCGCUAAGUUUUCUGCAGGGGCUGAUGGAAGUCUGUAUGUGGUGUCACCGAGUGGCGAGGAGAGCGGAGAGUACAUCUGCACGGCCACCAAUGCAGCUGGUUAUGCCAAGAGGAAGGUGCAGCUGACUGUCUAUGUAAGGCCCAGAGUGUUUGGAGACCAACGAGGACUGUCCCAGGAUAAGCCUGUUGAGAUCUCAGUCCUUGCAGGGGAGGAGGUGACUCUUCCAUGCGAGGUGAAGAGUUUGCCCCCACCCACAAUUACCUGGGCCAAGGAGGCCCAGCUCAUCUCACCAUUCUCCCCAAGACACACGUUCCUCCCUUCUGGUUCUAUGAAGAUCACUGAGACACGCAUUUCUGAUAGUGGCAUGUAUCUUUGUGUUGCAACAAAUAUUGCUGGAAAUGUGACGCAGGCUGUUAAACUAAGUGUCCAUGUUUCUCCAAAGAUACAGAAUGGCCCUAAACACAUGAAGGUCCAAGUUGGUCAAAGGGUGGAUAUUCCAUGUAAUGCUCAAGGGUCACCUCUUCCUGUGAUCACCUGGUUUAAAGGURGUAGUACCAUGCUGGCUGAUGGUGUGCGGCACAUUAACAAUCCCGAUGGAAUGUUAAGCAUCAACCAAGCUGUACCCUCAGACGCUGGCACAUAUACAUGUGUUGCUACCAACAUUGCAGGCAGUGAUGAAGCAGAGAUAAUCCUACAUGUCCAAGAACCACCGACAAUGGAAGAUCUAGAGCCUCCCUUUAACAUUCCAUUCCAAGAAAGACUGGCCAGUCAACGCAUUGCAUUCCCGUGUCCUGCAAAAGGGACUCCUAAACCGACCAUCAAAUGGUUACGUAAUGGUAGAGAGCUGACUGGCAAAGAGCCUGGUGUUUCCAUCUUGGAGGAUGGCACAUUGUUGGUUAUCGCUUCAGUUACACCAUAUGACAAUGGAGAAUACAUCUGUGUGGCAGUCAAUGAAGCCGGAACCACAGAAAGAAAAUACACCCUCAAAGUUCAUGUUCCUCCAUUAAUUAAAGACAGAGAACACUUAAUAAACGUGUCAGUGUUGGUAAACCAGCUGACCAGUCUCCUUUGUGAAGUGGAAGGUACUCCAUCACCCAUCAUUACGUGGUAUAAAGAUGAUGUCCAGGUGAUGGAAAGCAGCACUGUUCAGAUCGUGAACAAUGGGAAGAUGCUAAAGCUCUUCAAAGCCACUGCAGAAGAUGCAGGACAAUAUUCCUGCAAAGCGAUUAAUAUUGCAGGCACUUCUCAGAAGUACUUCAAUAUUGAUGUACUAGUUCCACCCACCAUAAUAGAUGCCAGUUCCCCAAAUGAAGUCUCAGUUGUCCUCAACCACAACACCACCAUUGAAUGCCAGGUCAGAGGCACUCCCUUUCCUGUUAUCCACUGGUUCAAAGAUGGCAAGCCAUUGUUUUUGGGAGAUCCCAAUGUUGAACUUUUAGACAGAGGACAAAUUUUACGGGUGAAGAAUGCACGAAGAAGUGACAAGGGACGCUACCAGUGUGUUGUGUCUAAUGCAGCUGGCAAGCAAGCCAAGGAUAUAAAGCUGAAUAUCUAUAUUCCACCUACUAUCAAAGGAGGGAAUGUUACCACAGAAGUAUCAGCAUUGGUCAACAGCAUAAUUAAAUUGGAGUGUGAACCACGGGGACUUCCACUGCCCACUGUUACUUGGUACAAGGAUGGACAGCUAGUCAUGUCCAGCUCCCAAGCACUUUAUAUCGACAAAGGACAAUUUCUUCAUAUUCCUCGAGCACAAGUCUCUGAUUCAUCAAUAUAUACAUGCCGUGCAACUAAUGUUGCUGGAACUGCUGAGAAAUCAUUCCGUGUAGAUGUCUAUGUUCCUCCAGUGAUUGAAGGUGACUCAGCCACACCAUUGACGAAGCAAGUUGUUAUUGCUCAUUCAUUGACAUUGGAGUGUAAAGCUGCCGGCAACCCUGCUCCAGUUCUCACUUGGUUAAAAGACGGUGUGCCUGUGAAAGCCAGUGACAACGUCCRCAUAGAAGCUGGUGGGAAGAAACUCGAAAUCACAAGUGCCCUAGAAGUUGAUCGGGGACAGUAUGUAUGUGUGGCUACCAGUGUGGCAGGAGAAAAGGAAAUCAAAUACGAAGUUGACGUCUUAGUGCCACCAGCUGUAGAAGGUGGAGAUGAAACGUCUUACUUCAUUGUGAUGGUUAAUAACUUGUUGGAACUGGAUUGUCAAGUGACAGGCUCUCCCCCACCAACUAUCAUGUGGCUGAAGGAUGGUCAGCUAAUUGAUGAAAGGGAUGGAUUCAAGAUUUUACUAAAUGGACGCAAACUGAUCAUUGCUCAGGCUCAAGUGUCGGACACCGGCCUCUAUCAGUGUGUGGCGACAAACACUGCUGGAAACCACAGGAAGGAAUUUGAAGUCACUGUUCAUGUUCCUCCAACAAUCAAGUCCUCAGGCCCUCCUGAGAGAGCCGUGGUGAAAAGCAAACCUGUCACCUUGCAGUGCAUAGCCAAUGGCAUCCCACAUCCAUCCAUUACUUGGUUAAAAGAUGACCAGCCUGUGAACACUGCCCAAGGAAAUCUCAAAAUACAGUCUUCUGGCCGAGUUCUGCAGAUUGCCAAAGCCCUGUUGGAAGAUGCUGGCAGAUACACAUGUGUGGCUACCAAUGCAGCUGGAGAAACACAACAGCACACUCAAUUGCAUGUGCAUGAACCACCCAGCCUGGAAGAUGCAGGGAAGAUGCUCAAUGAGACAGUGGUGGUGGACAACCCCAUACAGCUGGAGUGUGAGGCUUCUGGGAAUCCCUCGCCUGUUAUUACCUGGUACAAAGAUAACCACCUACUCUCAGGCUCUCCCAGUAUCACUUUCUUGAAUAGAGGGCAAAUCAUCAAUAUUGMAAGUGCCCAGAUCUCAGAUGCUGGCAUAUAUAAAUGUGUGGCCAUCAACUCUGCUGGAGCUACAGAAUUAUUUUACAGUCUACAAGUUCAUGUUCCCCCAUCAAUUUCUGGUAGUAAUAAUAUGGUGGCGGUGGUGGUUAACAAUCUGGUGAGGCUGGAAUGUGAAUCCAGAGGGAUACCUGCCCCAAGUCUGACCUGGUUGAAAGAUGGGAGCCCUGUCUCCAGUUUUGCUGAUGGAAUCCAGGUUCUCUCUGGGGGUCGAAUCUUAGCAUUGACCAGMGCACAAAUAAGUGAUACAGGGAGAUACACCUGUGUGGCAGUGAAUGCUGCUGGGGAGAAGCAAAGAGACAUUGACCUCAGAGUACAUGUUCCACCCAAUAUUAUGGGAGAAGAACAGAAUGUCUCUGUCCUCAUUAGCCAAGCCUUAGAGUUGUUUUGUCAAAGUGAUGCUGUCCCCCCACCGACUCUGACAUGGUUAAAAGAUGGCCGCCCUUUGCUGAAGAAACCAGGCCUCGGUAUCUCUGAAAAUGGGAGUGUGUUAAAGAUUGAAGAUGCUCAGGUUCAAGACACGGGUCGUUACACUUGCGAAGCAACAAAUGUCGCUGGAAAAACUGAGAAAAACUAUAAUGUCAAUAUUUGGGUACCACCAAAUAUCUAUGGUUCUGAUGAACUUUCCCAACUUACAGUCAUUGAAGGGAAUCUCAUUAGUCUGUUGUGUGAAUCGAGUGGAAUUCCACCCCCAAAUCUCAUUUGGAAGAAGAAAGGCUCUCUAGUGCUGGCUGACUCUGUGGGGCGAGUGAGAAUCUUAUCUGGAGGCAGACAGUUACAGAUCUCAAUUGCUGAAAAGUCUGAUGCAGGGCUCUAUACGUGUGUGGCUUCCAAUGUUGCUGGAACCACAAAGAAAGAAUACAGUCUGCAAGUUUACAUUCGACCAACCAUAACUGACAGUGGUAGCCACCCUACCGAAGUGAUCGUGACUCGAGGGAAGAGUGUUUCCCUAGAGUGUGAGGUGCAGGGUGUUCCUCAGCCAACCGUGGCCUGGAUGAAGGAUGGCCGCCCCUUGGCCAAGGGAAGGGGAGUAGAAAUAKUGCAAGGAGGUCGCAUCCUUCAGCUGAAGAAUGCUCAUGUAUCUGACACGGGCCGUUACGUGUGUGUUGGUGUGAAUAUAGCAGGAAUGACUGACAGAAAAUAUGACUUGAGUGUUCAUGUUCCUCCAAGCAUCAUAGGAAACCACGGGACACCUGAAAAUGUCAGUGUGGUCGAAAAGAACUCCGUGUCCCUGAUGUGUGAGGCUUCAGGAAUUCCGCUGCCUUCAAUAACGUGGCUUAAAGACGGGUGGCCCGUCAGCCUCGGCAGUUCCGUGAGGAUUCUCUCAGGAGGCAGGAUGCUACGGCUGAUGCAGACCAGACUAGAAGAUGCUGGCCAGUAUACUUGUGUUGUAAGGAAUGCAGCUGGUGAAGAAAGAAAAAUCUUUGUACUUCAAAUAUUAGAACCACCUCAUAUUGUAGGUGAAAAUACAUUGGAAGAUGUGAAAGUCAAAGAGAAGCAGAGUGUCACACUGACUUGUGAAGUGACAGGAAAUCCAGUGCCAGAGGUCACAUGGCACAAAGACGGACAGCUUCUCCAAGAGGAUGAGGCCCAUCACAUUAUGUCUGGUGGCCGUUUUCUGCAAAUUACUAAUGCCCAGGUGUCACACACUGGAAGAUACACAUGUUUGGCUUCCAAUACAGCUGGUGAUAAGAGCAAAACUUUUAGUCUUAAUGUGUUUGUAUCUCCUACAAUUGCUGGUGUAGAUAGCAACGGCAGCCCUGAAGACGUCAUUGUCAUCCUCAACAGCCCCACGUCCCUGGUCUGUGAAGCAUAUUCAUAUCCUCCAGCUACCAUCACCUGGUUUAAGGACAGAGCUCCUUUAGAAUCCAGCCGAAAUAUUCGUAUUCUUCCAGGAGGUAGAACUCUGCAGAUCCUCAAUGCACAGGAGGAAAAUGCUGGAAGAUACUCUUGCGUGGCCACUAAUGAGGCCGGGGAAAUGAUAAAGCACUAUGAAGUGAAGGUCUACAUUCCUCCCAUAAUCAAUAAAGGGGACCUUUUGGGACCAGGUCUUUCCCCUAAGGAAGUAAAGAUCAAAGUAAACAACACCCUGACCUUGGAAUGCGAAGCAUAUGCAAUCCCCUCCGCCUCCCUCAGCUGGUACAAGGACGGACAGCCGCUGAAAUCAGACGAUCAUAUUAAUAUUGCUACAAAUGGACACACGCUUCAAAUAAAAGAAGCUCAAAUAUCAGACACUGGAAGAUACACUUGCGUAGCAUCUAACCUAGCAGGUGAAGACGAGUUGGAUUUUGAUGUGAAUAUUCAAGUUCCUCCAAGUUUUCAGAAACUCUGGGAAAUUGGAAACAUGCUAGAUACCGGCAGGAAUGGUGAAGCCAAAGAUGUGAUCAUCAAUAAUCCCAUUUCCCUCUACUGUGAGACAAAUGCUGCUCCUCCUCCUACACUGACCUGGUACAAAGAUGGCCGUCCUCUGACCUCAGGUGACAGAGUAUUGAUUUUACCAGGAGGGCGAGUGUUGCAGAUUCCCCGGGCUAAAGUUGAAGAUGCUGGGAGAUACACAUGCGUGGCUAUGAAUGAAGCUGGAGAAGAUUCGCUGCAGUAUGACGUCCGUGUACUCUUGCCACCAGUUAUCAAGGGAGCAAAUCGUGAUCUCCCUGAAGAGGUCACUGUGCUGGUGAACAAGAGUGCCCUGUUGGAGUGUUCAUCCAGCGGCAGCCCAGCACCCAGGAAUUCCUGGCAAAAAGAUGGACAGCCCUUGCUAGAAGAUGAUCAUCAUAAAUUUCUAUCUAAUGGCAGAAUUCUACAGAUUCUAAAUACUCAAAUAACAGACAUCGGCAGGUAUGUGUGUGUGGCUGGGAACACCGCUGGAAGUGCCAAAAAAUAUUUUAACCUCAAUGUUCAUGUUCCUCCGRGUGUCAUUGGCCCCAACCCUGAAAAUCUCACCGUGGUGGUGAACAAUUUCAUUGCUCUGACCUGUGAGGUCUCUGGCUUUCCACCUCCUGAUCUAAGUUGGCUCAAAAAUGAACAGCCUAUCAAGCCAAACACAAAUGCUCUCAUUGUCCCUGGGGGUCGAACUCUACAGAUUAUUCGGGCCAAGGUAUCUGAUGGUGGAGAAUACACUUGUAUAGCUAUCAGUCAAGCUGGUGAAAGCAAGAAAAAGGUUUCCCUGACUGUUUAUGUUCCCCCAAGCAUUAAGGAUCACGGCAGCGAGUCUGUCUCCAUAGUUAAUGUAAGAGAAGGAACUUCAGUGUCCUUGGAGUGCGAGUCAAAUGCUGUCCCACCUCCAGUCAUCACCUGGUAUAAGAGCGGGCGGAUGAUAACAGAGUCCACUCACAUUCAAAUUUUAACUGAUGGACAAAUGCUGCACAUCAAGAAGGCUGAGGUUUCUGACACAGGCCAGUAUGUAUGUAAAGCUAUAAAUGUAGCAGGACGGGAUGAUAAAAAUUUCCACCUCAAUGUAUAUGUGCCACCCAGUAUAGAAGGGCCUGAAAAAGAAGUGAUCGUGGAAACGAUCAGCAAUCCGGUGACCUUGACAUGUGAUGCCACUGGGAUUCCACCUCCCACCAUAGUAUGGUUAAAGAACCACAAGCCCAUAGAAACUUCUGACUCACUGGAAGUUCACAUUUUAUCUGGAGGUAGCAAACUCCAAAUUGCUCGAUCUCAGCGUUCAGACAGUGGAAACUACACAUGCAUUGCAUCAAAUGUAGAGGGGAAGGCACAGAAGAAUUACAUUCUUUUGAUUCAAGUUCCUCCAAGUAUUGCUGGUGCUGAAAUUCCAAGUGAAGUCAGUGUCCUUCUUGGGGAAAAUAUCGAGCUGGUCUGCAAUGCAAAUGGUGUUCCCACCCCAUUUAUCCAGUGGCUUAGAGAUGGAAAGACCAUAAUUAACAGUGAAACAGAAAGAACCCGGGUGACUGCAAAUGGCAGCACAUUAAACAUUUAUGGAGCUCUCACAUCCGACAUGGGGAAAUACACUUGUGUGGCUACUAAUCCUGCUGGAGAAGAAGACCGGAUAUUUAACUUGAAUGUCUAUGUUCCACCUAAAAUUAGAGGUAAUAAAGAAGAAGCAGAGAAACUGAUGGCUUUGGUGGAUACUUCAAUAAAUAUUGAAUGCAGAGCCACAGGGACACCCCCGCCUCAAAUAAACUGGCUCAAGAAUGGACUUCCUCUGCCUCUCUCCUCCCAUAUUCGGUUGUUGUCUGCAGGGCACGUUAUCAGGAUUGUGAGAGCUCAGGUGUCUGAUGUCGCCAUGUACACUUGUGUGGCCUCCAACAGAGCUGGGGUGGACAACAAGCACUACAGCCUCCAAGUGUUCGUACCACCAAAUAUGGACAACGCCAUGGGGACAGAGGAAAUCACCAUUGUCAAAGGCAGUUCUACCUCUAUGACAUGCUUUACAGACGGGACCCCAAGCCCCAGUGUGUCCUGGCUCAGAGAUGGCCGGCCUCUGGGGCUUGAUGCCCAUCUAAGCAUCAGCACUCAAGGAAUGGUCCUCCAGCUUAUCGAGGCAGAGACUGGAGAUUCAGGAACCUACACCUGCAUUGCCUCCAAUGAUGCUGGAGAAGUCAGAAAGCACUUCAACCUGAAGGUCCUAGAGCCACCUCACAUUAAUGGAUCUGGAAAACCUGAGGAGAUAUCAAUAAUUGUUAAUAAUCCACUUGAACUUGCCUGCAAUGCUUCUGGAAUUCCUGCCCCUAAAAUUACCUGGAUGAAAGAUGGCCGGCCCCUUCUACAGACAGACCAGAUGCAAACUCUUGGAGGGGGAACAGUUCUUCAGAUCUCUAGUGCUCAGGUGGAAGAUACUGGAAGAUACACGUGUUUAGCAUCAAGUCCUGCAGGAGAUGAUGAUAAAGAAUAUUUAGUGAGAGUUCAUGUACCCCCUAAUAUUGCUGGAACUGAUGAGCCGCAGGAUUUCACUGUGUUACGGAACAGACAAGUGACACUGGAAUGCAAAUCAGAUGCAGUACCCCCACCUGUGAUUAUGUGGCUCAAAAACAGAGAGAAGUUACAGGCAACACCUCGAGUGCGAAUCCUAUCUGGAGGGAGAUACUUGCAAAUUAACAAUGCAGACCUAGGUGACACUGCCAAUUAUACCUGUGUGGCCAGCAACAUUGCAGGAAAGACCACAAGAGAAUUUAUUCUCACUGUGAAUGUCCCUCCAAACAUCAAGGGUGGCUCCCAGAAUCUCGUCAUUCUCUUAAAUAAGUCAACUGUUCUGGAAUGCUCCGCUGAAGGUGUGCCAACCCCGAGGAUAACAUGGAGAAAGGAUGGAGCUGUUCUAGCUGGGAAUCAUGCAAGAUACUCCAUAUUGGAAAAUGGCUUCCUUCACAUUCAAUCAGCACAUGUCACCGACACGGGGCGAUAUUUGUGUAUGGCUACCAAUGCUGCUGGAACAGACCGUAGGCGCAUAGAUUUACAGGUCCAUGUUCCUCCAUCCAUUGCUCCGGGUCCUACCAACAUAACUGUAACAGUAAAUGUCCAAGUUACUCUGGCUUGUGAGGCGACCGGAAUACCAAAACCAUCAAUCAAUUGGAGGAAAAAUGGGCAUCUUCUUAAUGUGGACCAAAAUCAGAAUUCAUACAGGCUGCUCUCUUCGGGUUCACUAGUAAUCAUUUCCCCUUCUGUGGAUGACACUGCAACCUACGAGUGUACAGUGACAAACGAUGCCGGGGCAGACCAGAGGACCGUGGACCUCACUGUCCAAGUUCCACCUUCCAUAGCUGAUGAGCCUACAGAAUUCCUGGUAACCAGACAGGCCCCAGCAGUAAUAACCUGCACAGCUUCGGGAGUUCCACUUCCCUCAAUUCACUGGACCAAAAAUGGUAUUAGACUGCUUCCCAGGGGAGAUGGCUAUCGAAUUCUGUCCUCAGGAGCAAUUGAAAUAUUUUCCACCCAAUUAAAUCAUGCGGGAAGAUACACUUGUGUUGCUAGGAAUGCAGCUGGUUCUGCACACCGACAUGUGACCCUUCAUGUCCAAGAGCCUCCAAUCAUUCAGCCCCAGCCAAGUGAACUAGAUGUCAUUCUAAACAACCCCAUUUUGCUACCAUGUGAAGCAACAGGGACACCUACUCCUUUCAUUACUUGGCAGAAGGAAGGCAUCAAUGUGAUCACAGCAGGCAAAAGCCAUGCAGUUCUUCCUAGUGGCAGCUUGCAGAUCUCCAGAGCUGUUCGUGAGGAUGCUGGCACUUACAUGUGUGUGGCCCAGAACCCAGCCGGCACGGCCUUGGGGAAAAUCAAGUUAAAUGUCCAAGUUCCUCCAGUCAUUAACACUCAGCCAAAGGAAUAUGUCAUUGCUGUGGACAAGCCCAUCACGCUGCUGUGUGAGGCUGAUGGCUUCCCACCACCCGACAUCACGUGGCAUAAAGAUGGGCACGCAAUUGUGGAAUCCAUCCGCCAGCGCAUGCUCAGCUUUGGAGCUCUGCAAAUAGCAUUUGCUCAGCCCGGUGACACUGGUCAAUAUAUGUGCAUGGCAGCGAAUGUAGCAGGAUCCAGCAGCAUGAGCACCAAGCUCACCGUCCAUGUACCACCCAGGAUCCGAAGUACAGAAGUGCACUACACAGUCAAUGAGAAUUCACAAGCCAUUCUUCCAUGUGUGGCUGAUGGAAUCCCCACACCAGCAAUUAACUGGAAAAAAGACAAUGUUCUUUUAGGUAACUUGUUAGGAAAAUACACGGCUGAACCAUAUGGAGAACUCAUUUUGGAAAAUGCUGUGCCGGAAGAUUCUGGCAUCUAUACCUGUGUUGCUAACAAUGCUGCCGGUGAAGAUAUGCACACUGUCAGCCUGACCGUACAUGUUCUUCCCACUUUUACGGAACUUCCUGGAGAUGUGUCAUUAAAUAAAGGGGAACGGCUCCAACUAAGCUGUAAAGCAACUGGUAUUCCAUUACCCAAACUAACAUGGACCUUCAAUACCAAUAUUAUUCCAGCCCACACUGACAGAGGCGAUGGACACAGUGAACUUGUUAUUGAAAAGGUGUCAAAAGAGGAUUCGGGCACUUACGUGUGCACCGCAGAGAACAGCGUGGGUUUUGUGAAGGCGAUCGGAUUUGUUUAUGUGAAAGAACCUCCAGUCUUCAAAGGUGACUACCCUUCUAACUGGAUUGAACCUCUUGGCGGGAAUGCGAUCCUGAAUUGUGAGGUGAAGGGAGACCCUGCCCCAACCAUCCAGUGGAGUAGAAAGGGGGUGGAUAUUGCAGGUAGCCACCGAAUCCAACAGCUAGGCAACGGCUCCCUGGCCAUCUACGGCACUGUGAAUGAAGAUGCUGGUGACUAUACAUGUGUAGCUACCAAUGAAGCUGGGGUGGUAGAGCGCAGCAUGAGUCUGACUCUGCAAAGUCCUCCUGUUAUUACUCUUGAACCAGUGGAAACGAUUAUUAAUGCCGGUGGCAAAGUCACAUUGGAUUGUCAGGCAACUGGAGAACCUCAUCCAACUGUUACAUGGUCCAGACAAGGGCACACCAUCCCCUGGGAUGACCGAAUUCGUGUGUUGCCCAACAACUCAUUACAUAUUGCAGCCGCUCAGAAAGAAGAUACUUCUGAAUAUGAAUGUGUCGCUCGUAACUUAAUGGGUUCUGUGCUUGUCAGAGUGCCUAUCAUAGUCCAGGUUCAUGGUGGAUUUUCCCCAUGGUCUGCCUGGAGAUCCUGCAGUGUCACCUGUGGAAAAGGCAUCCAGAAGAGGAGUCGACUCUGCAACAACCCCCUUCCAGCCAAUGGUGGGAAGUCGUGCCAAGGGUCAGAUUCAGAAAUGCGAAAUUGUCAAAAUAGGCCAUGUCCAGUGGAUGGUCACUGGUCAGAAUGGAGUCUCUGGGAAGAAUGCACAAAGAACUGUGGACGAGGCAACCGAACGAGGACCAGAACUUGCAAUAACCCAUCAGCUCAGCACGGUGGGCGUCCAUGUGAGGGGAAUGCUGUGGAAACAAUUAUGUGCAACAUUAAGCCUUGCCCAGUUCAUGGAGUGUGGAGUGCUUGGCAGCCUUGGAGUGCAUGCAGCGAAAGCUGUGGAAAAGGUACCCAGACAAGAAUGAGGCUUUGUAAUGACCCACCACCAUCGUUUGGUGGAUCCUACUGCAAUGGAGCAGAAACACAGAUGCAAGUUUGCAAUGAAAGACACUGUCCAAUCGAUGGCAAGUGGACAAGUUGGUCCAGCUGGAGUGCCUGUACCGUGUCCUGUGGAGGAGGUGCCAGACAGAGAACAAGGGACUGCUCUGACCCUGUCCCCCAGUACGGAGGAAGCAAAUGUGAAGGGAGUGAUAUCCAGAGUGAUUUUUGCAAUAGUGACCCUUGUCCAACCCAUGGUAACUGGAGUCCUUGGAGUGGCUGGGGAACGUGCAGCCGGACGUGURACGGAGGGCAGACGCGGAGGUUCCGCACCUGCGAUAACCCGCGUCCCUCCAAUGGAGGAAGAGCGUGUGUGGGGCCAGACACACAGAUCCAGAGAUGCAGCACGGACAUGUGUCCUGUGGAUGGAAAUUGGGGAAACUGGCAGAGCUGGAGCCACUGUUCUGCCUCCUGUGGAGGAGGUGAAAAGACUCGGAACCGGCUGUGUGACAGUCCAAUGCCAUCUAAGGGUGGCCGUUCCUGUCCAGGAGAUGCUACUCAGGUGUCCAGAUGCAAUACACAAGCAUGUCCAGGUGGGCCCCAGCGCGCCAGAGGAAGUGUUAUUGGAAAUAUUAAUGAUGUUGAAUUUGGAAUUGCUUUCCUUAAUGCCACAAUAACUGACAGCCCCAAAUCUAAUACUAGAAUAAUACAAGCCACAAUUAGCAAUGUGCCCCGUAGUCUUGGUCCAGCAAUGAGAAAGAUAGUUUCUAUUCUAAAUCCCAUUUAUUGGACAACAGCAAAGGAAAUAGGAGAAGCAGUCAAUGGCUUUACCCUCACCAACGCAGUCUUCAAAAGAGAAACCCAAGUGGAAUUUGCAACUGGAGAAAUCUUGCGGAUGACUCAUAUUGCCCGGGGCUUGGAUUCCGAUGGUGCUUUGCUUCUGGACAUCGUGGUGAGUGGCUAUGUCCUGCAACUUCAGUCACCUGCAGAAGUCAACGUGAAGGAUUACACAGAGGAUUACAUUCAGACAGGCCCUGGACAGCUCUAUGCCUACUCAACACGGCUCUUCACCCUCGAUGGCAUCAGUGUCCCCUAUAUGUGGAACCACACCGUUUUCUACGAUCAAGCACAGGGAAGAAUGCCUUUCUUGGUAGAAACCCUUCAUGCAUCCUCUGUGGAAUCUGACUAUAAUCACUUAGAAGAGACAUUGGGUUUCAAGAUUCAGGCUUCAAUUUCCAAAGGAGAUCGCAGUAACCAGUGCCCGUCUGGAUUUGCCUUAGACUCAGUUGGACCUUUUUGUGCUGACGAAGAUGAGUGUACAGCAGGGAACCCCUGCUCCCAUACCUGCCACAAUGCCAUGGGAACCUACUACUGCUCUUGCCCCAAAGGCCUCACCAUCGCGGCGGAUGGAAGAACGUGUCAAGAUAUCGAUGAGUGCGCCCUGGGUGGACACGCCUGCCAAGCUGGUCAGGACUGCGACAACACCAUUGGAUCCUAUCGCUGUGUGGUACACUGUGGAACUGGCUUUCGAAGAACCACAGAUGGGCUGAGUUGUCAAGAUAUUAAUGAAUGUCAAGAAUCCAGUCCCUGUCACCAGCGCUGUUACAAUGUCAUAGGAAGUUUCCACUGUGGAUGUGACUCUGGGUAUCAGCUCAAAGGCAGAAAAUGCUUGGAUGUGAACGAGUGCAGACAGAAUGUAUGCAGACCAGAUCAGCAUUGUAAGAACACUCGAGGGAGCUACAAAUGCAUUGACCUUUGUCCAAAUGGAAUGACCAAGGCAGAAAAUGGAACCUGCAUUGACAUUGAUGAAUGUAAAGAUGGGACCCAUCAAUGCAGAUAUAACCAAAUAUGUGAGAAUACGAGAGGCAGCUACCGAUGUGUGUGUCCAAGAGGCUAUCGCUUGCAAGGAGUUGGAAGACCUUGUAUGGACAUUAACGAAUGUGAGCAGGUGCCUAAACCUUGUGCACAUCAGUGCUCCAACACCCCCGGCAGCUUCAAGUGUUCCUGUCCCCCAGGACAACAUUUAUUAGGGGACGGGAAAUCUUGCGCUGGAUUGGAGAGGCUGCCACACUAUGGCAGUCAGUACAGUAGCUCUAGCCUCGCACGGUUCUCCCCARUGAGAAACAACUAUCAACCUCAACAGCAUUACAGACAGUACUCCCAUCUCUACAGCUCCUACUCAGAGUAUAGAAACAGCAGGACAUCUCUCUCCAGGACUAGAAGGACUAUUAGGAAACCUUGCCCUGAAGGCUCUGAGGCAAGCCAUGACACAUGUGUAGAUAUUGAUGAAUGUCAGAACAGAGACACCUGCCAGCAUGUGUGUAAAAAUACCAUUGGAAGCUAUCAGUGUAUCUGCCCACCUGGUUACCAGCUCAUGCUCAAUGGAAAGACAUGCCAAGAUGUGGAUGAGUGUCUGGAACAGAAUGUGCAGUGUGGGCCCAAUCGCAUGUGCUUCAACAUGAGGGGAAGCUACCAGUGCAUCGACACGCCCUGCCCACCCAACUACCAGCGGCAUCCUAUUUCUGGGUUCUGCCUCAAGAACUGUCCACCCAAUGAUUUGGAAUGUGCCUUGAGCCCCUAUGCCUUGGAGUAUAAACUUGUCUCCCUCCCAUUUGGAAUAGCUGCCAAUCAAGAUUUAAUCCGGCUGGUUGCAUACACGCAGGAUGGAGUGAUGCAUCCCAGGACAACUUUCCUCAUGGUGGAUGAGGAACAGACAGCUCCCUUUGCCUUAAGGGAUGAAAACCUGAAGGGGGUGGUGUAUACCACCCGGCCACUUCRAGAGCCAGAGACCUACCGCAUGAGGGUUCGGGCUUUAUCCUACAGUGCCAAUGGGACCAUUGAAUAUCAGACCACAUUCAUCGUUUAUAUAGCCGUCUCUGCCUAUCCAUACUAAGCAGCUCUCCAGAACCUCCUCACAGUUAAACCACAUUUUAUUCCUUACAGUCAACUUCGCCUCAACAGUUGCAAACUUGGCAACGGUGCUCUCCUGUUUCGUGUGCCUUCCUUGAUACUGCUGAGGUAUUUUGAUGCUCCCACCCUGGUCAUAUAUUUUAGUAAGGUCUAGAGGAGUCCCUUAUUAUUUUCUUUAUUACACUGGAGCAGUUACUUCCCAAAGAUGAUUCUGAAUAUUUAACAGGACAUAGCAGUGAUGUUUAUAAAACAAAAUGAAACAAAAACAAUUCAAAGUUAAGUCAAUUUUUGAGCAUUUGACUAUUUUCAGAAUAAACUAGUUGCUCUGUGUUUUGAUAAAAUCUUAUGAAAUAAUGAAAAUUUUUUUUUCAAGUACUGAUACUUUAUAAAAGGACAACUAUUUUCAUUUAAGGCAGGAGAGGGGAAUACCACAUUUUGCAAAUAUAGUACCACUACCAGAGAGUUUAACUCCAAAUGGUGCUUACCUUGACAGAACAUCCAAAAUAAAGAUAUCAUUUUUAUUGAUUUGUUAAAUCAUCUGAACAACUUAUGGUAAUAGAAAAAUUUACUUUGUCCCCAGCUGAUUGUCAAUGCCACGGAUCUUUGCUCUAACAUUUUGAUCCAGUUAGCUACCGUAACUUUUACAAUUUUUUUUUAACUUUUCUGUCAAGGAAAACAAUUUUUUAAAAUGC